AUGCCCUAUGAGCCCCUUCCUUCACUCUUCCCAGGCACUCUUGAGGAGGAGGUGGAGGAGGAGGAAGUGGUCGCACCUCCUGGGGGGGACAGUGGUGUUGCCGUCUGUGAUGAUCAUCGACGAGCAGUGCCUUGUGACUUAGCAGCUGCAGGACGAGAGCAGCAUGGAUGGAGUGCAGCAGAGUGGGGGACAAGAGACAGGGGAGCAGCAGACAGGGGAGCAGCAGAUUGGGGAGGAGCAGAUAGGGGAGGAGCAGAUUGGGGAGCAGCAGACAGGGGAGCCGCAGACAAGGGAGCAGGAGAUGUGGGGAAUUAG